GCAACUGCUAACCCGGAAGCGGUCGACAGUGCGGCGCUGUUUAAAGAUGGCGGCGGAGGAACCUCAGCAGCAGAAGCAGGAGCCGCUGGGCAGCGACUCCGAAGGUGUUAACUGUCUUGCUUAUGAUGAAGCCAUCAUGGCUCAGCAGGACCGAAUUCAGCAAGAGAUUGCAGUGCAGAACCCUCUGGUCUCGGAGCGUCUGGAGCUUUCGGUCUUAUACAAGGAGUAUGCUGAGGAUGACAACAUCUAUCAACAGAAGAUCAAGGACCUCCACAAAAAGUACUCGUACAUCCGCAAGACCAGGCCUGAUGGAAACUGCUUCUACCGAGCUUUUGGAUUCUCCCACUUGGAGGCGCUGCUGGAUGACAGCAAGGAAUUGCAACGGUUUAAGGCCGUAUCUGCCAAGAGCAAAGAGGACCUGGUGUCCCAGGGCUUCACCGAGUUCACAAUUGAGGAUUUCCACAACACGUUCAUGGACCUGAUCGAGCAGGUGGAGAAGCAGACCUCAGUAGCCGACCUGCUGGCCUCCUUCAAUGACCAGAGUACCUCGGACUACCUGGUGGUGUACCUGCGGCUGCUCACGUCAGGCUACCUGCAGCGCGAGAGCAAGUUCUUCGAGCACUUCAUCGAGGGUGGGCGGACCGUCAAGGAGUUCUGUCAGCAGGAGGUGGAGCCCAUGUGCAAAGAGAGUGACCACAUUCACAUCAUCGCGCUGGCCCAGGCCCUCAGCGUCUCCAUCCAGGUGGAAUACAUGGACCGCGGCGAGGGCGGCACCACCAACCCGCACAUCUUUCCCGAGGGCUCCGAGCCCAAGGUCUACCUUCUCUAUCGGCCUGGACACUACGACAUCCUCUAUAAAUAGGGCUGGCCCUGGCCUGCCACUGCCCUGCCUGCCCUCCCCUCUGCCAGGCGCUAGACAUGUACAGAGGUUUUUUGUGGUUGUAAAUGGUCAUACUUCACUCCCCUCCUCCCCCCGUCACACGACCUUCCACAUUUUAUUAAAGGGGAUGCUGGUGGUGAGUCGCGUGUGUGCGUGUCCCUGCUCUGCUGCUGCCCGCCUGGCUGCUAUGUGUCUGGCUGCCCCCUCCUCCCCCCCCCCCGCCAGGUGGGUUCUUCUCGACCUUCCACCUGUCCGUGUCCAAGCCUCCCCACCAGGAGCAGUUUUGAGGGGGCUAGGCCUCUGGGGGACCCCUCCUGGCUACUGGGGUUCCGCUUCCUUCCCUUCUGGCACCCACCCCCCUUCCCUCCUUAGCUGGCCCGGGGGCUUCCAUGAGAAUCUUGGAAGUUCCCUGGGGACUUGCCCGGGGACCGAGGAUCACCCAGGCUUCGAGCUGCUCCCUCGUAGGCUCUGACCUGACUGUACCUUUCUGUGCCCGUCAGGGCCCCAGACCUGAGCUGCCCGCCCUCCCCUCAGGGGUCUGCAUGGUCCAGUCCUGGGUGGAGAGGGCUGACGUGAUGGGGCCUGGCUCAGGGCAGGUGGAGGAGCUGGGGCACCCCAGUGUACCCCCAGGUGGUGCCAACCUGGUGGGGGAAGGGUAGCCUUCGAGUCUGCGUGUGGUCCACGGUCCCGAGGUCUAGGCAGGGCUUGCCAGGCCACCAUUCCUCCCCCGCCCCUCCCCCUGCCUGUGCCUGCUUUGCACCCCCUCUGCUUGGGCCACGGUGUCUCUGCAUUGCCUUCCUUUCUGCCUUCACCUCUCUUCUUCCCUCACCCCAGCACACAUGGGGUCUUGGCCCCCAGGCUGUGAGCUCCUUGGGGGCAGGCCCUCAAUAAAUGUGAAGUGCUGCUGCCCACCUCUGCGGUCCGGCCCGUGCCUCC